AUGUUGUUCAAAAGUCUUGUUAUUCUAGCGGCAGCUAGCUCGGUGCUGGCAGCGCCCUUGAUGGAGAGGCAGUCGAAUGCCUCAACUUGCACAGAUCCUGACCUCCGCAGAGCCUGGCACACGCUCAAGGACUCCGAGAAGAAGGCGUACAUUGACGCCGAGCUCUGCCUGAUGAGCAAGCCCGCAGCUCACGGACUGCGCGGGGCCAGAACCCUAUUCGAUGAGAUGCAGUCCGUUCACGUAUUGCAGUCUGAAAUCGCGCACUGGGUGGGCCAAUUCUUCCCAUUCCAUCGCCUCUACCUCAGGGCACACGAGUAUCUGCUGCAAACAGAGUGUGGAUACGAGGGCGCUCAUCCGUACUGGGCCGAGCAUCUCGACGCAGGCGCUUUUUCAAACGCAACAAUCUUCUCCGCCGAGAACGGGUUCGGCGGCAACGGCGUGGGCGACCUGCUCUGCGUCGAGGACGGGCCGUUCGCCAACUACACCAACCCCCUCGGGCCGGGAUACAAGGUCUCGGACCACUGCAUCGAGCGGCGCUUCGCCGACCGGGUCAGCCGGGGCUCCUCCGCGGCGGUCGUGGAGGCCUGCAUGGCCAAGACUAACUUCCUCGAGUUCUGGAACUGCGUCGAGAUGACGUCUCACGGAGCCGGCCAUGGCGGUGUCGGCGCCCAGAUGACGAACCCGAUAUCGAGCCCUGGUGAUCCGAUAUUCUACAUGCACCACGCCUGGCUCGACAGGAUCUGGGCCAAGUGGCAGGAGGAAGACCCAUCUGUCCGCAUGACAGAGAUGGGCGGGAACAACAGGCCCAGGCUAGGUAUGGCGAUGCCUGGUGCAGGCGGGAACCCAUUCGGGUCGGGACCGCCGACUCCAGGUCUCGGCAGCAUGGAAGACAUGAUCCGCCCUGACGACGUUCCGGCACCGGCGAUCAUUGGGGAUCCAGGGAAUGUCACGACACUGAAUCACCUGAUAACUAUGUAUGGCAUUCUGCCGAACCGAACAAUCAGCGAGGUCAUGAACACGAAGGGAAGCUACUUGUGUUAUGAGUACGACUAG